AUGGGAAGAAGCGAAAUCCGGAGGGGAAAUUCGGCCUCGUCCGCUUGUUACCUUCCAACCCAUCACCCUCUUCGAUCGCACAUAUCCCCCUUUCCCCGACUCAUUUCCGUCGCCGUCGCCGCCAACGAACUUAAACACCCUUUGCUUAUCGUCGACAUCGUGCCCAACACCAUCGGCGACAUCCUGCUCUACUUUUUUCCGUCGUCGUUGGCCCUAAUAUUGCCCUGUACGCGUCGCGCAUUCCGUACACCGCGCCCAUCGUUCAUCCCAUCGCCGCCCACUAUAUUCAUAUCUGUCCUGCGUCACCCCAUCUCCUCCUUCAUUUUUCCCCCCUCGCUGCCCAUUUUUGUCACAUCUCAUUAUCUGCCCAUCCUGGCGUCUUCGACCCCCCUUCUACCAAUCUCUUCUCAUCAAGUGGACGAGGACUUCAUCAACAAGUCCCUCCUAGAUUCUCUUGACGCUCAGGCCGACGCUGAGCCCCUUGCGUCGUCUGACUCGGACCACGCUGCAGGGCAUUCGUACGGUUCUGCCUCUAACUCAUCCUCAGAGGGCUCCUCAUCCGUUCCCUAUCACAUGCAGCCCAUCAUAUCUUGUUCAGACUCGCCACCCGACAACGGUGCCCAUCCCAUGCUUCAUCAUAUUCAAUCUCAGGAAACAUUGUACAAUCUACAUCCUUCACAAAACGGCAUGUACACCACCACUGGCCAUAGUGGCCAUAUCCACUCAAACUCUGACUAUCCCGUCGACGUCGAUCCCCAGAAGCAGCAGCUCGCAUCAAAAAUCAAUGACGCCCCUCCUUUCAGAUCGCCCUUCAGCAGUUUUACCAGUGCUGCUCGUUCGCGACAUCACAACACGCCAUCCAUGCUCACUUCUCCCACCUCGUACCGUGAAUCCUCGACUUUCUACCCAUCUGCUGCGGAGAUGUAUCCUCAACAAAUAACGUCGCCCACUCAGGUCCACAUGCAAGCAUUUGAGCUUCGGGCUAAUCUCGACUUUUCUGGUGGCCAAACGGUAAACAGUGUGCCCAAGGCGUUCAGUGUCGUCGACCAUCAGUUUACGAACGGGCAUUCUUCUCUUCUUACCCCGCACAAAUCCCAACCGCAAAGUCAACAGUCGCAGCUUAAUGGCUACGGUAGUCAGUACAUGAACGGCAUUCAUUUGUCGUCACAGACGCCAUAUGGUCCCCAUAUUCCAUCUGGUCCGGCUACGUCGUUAGUCAACGGAAACGUUGUGGGAAGUGCGGCUGGAUCUGCGGUUUUAUCCGGCCCCGGGGGCAUGCUCAUCAACAGUUCUGGUGCGCCCUCUGGUCCGGUCCAACAGCAAGAGGACAUUUCAACUAUCUUCGUUGUCGGUUUCCCCGAUGAUAUGCAGGAACGAGAGUUCCAAAACAUGUUUACUUUUUCUCCUGGAUUUGAGGCCGCCACCCUCAAAAUUCCCAACAAGGAGUACACGUCAUAUGGCGGCAUUAAUGGGGUUGGCACAGCGGGCCUGCGCACCACCGCUGGUUCGAAUUAUGCUCAAGCCUUCAAUGGCUCUAAUGAUCCAUAUAACCUAGUCACCGUUAAUCAAGGUGGUGUCGUUGUCGAUGGUGGUCGUGACGGCAUGUCCUCCUGGCCUGCACCCUCCGUAGAUGACAGUGGUAGUGGUCAGUUCAUGGCUAGUGCCGGCUUGAGCAUGCCCCCCAGGAAGCAAAUCAUUGGCUUUGCAAAGUUUAGGACACGAGAAGAGGCGCUGUCAGCCCGAGAUCUGCUGCAGGGUCGACGAGUUGACAUCGAGAAAGGCGCUGUCUUAAAAGCUGAGAUGGCGAAGAAGAACCUGCACACGAAGAGAGGCGUAGGCCCUAUUCCCAGUGGCUUAGGAGGUGCUAACGCUUCUGCCAAUGCUCUUGGUCAAGGAAUGGUUGGUGGUGCAUCUGGAAUGAACGGACUUCAGCCGUCCCUGAUUAACGGCGGGGGUAGUGGGCUUCUUGGAGGUGUUUCCAAUGAUAUGUAUGGUAUCGGAGCCGAGGCUCUUAAUCUCAGAGAACGGGAGUAUUCCGCUGGCCCUCUCAGACCCCAGUGGCGAGAUCACGUUGCAGACAUGAACGGUGUUUUUCGGGACGGCAGAGAUGAAGAAGAGCGCAAGCGGGAGAGAGAAGUCGCUGCCCUCAACGCUAUGGGUCUGGGUGCCACGCAUCGUAGCGUCUCAGAGCGAGAUGAUGAAGUCAGGGAAUGGAAGAGACGCGAGAAGGAGCUGCGAUUGAGAACCGGAAAUGUGAAUGCUUACGAUGCUUUCCACUCAGUACCUCCUGGAAUCUCGCGACAGUCGUCUACCAACACAGGGCUGUUAUCCGCUGUGGAGCUACCCUCCGGUGCAACGGGCGGUCCGAGUCCUGUUAUCGGUGGAAAUGGCUAUCAAAUGACGUCUCUUGCGGGCCUUCAAUCCUACCAACAACAGCCGGAUGACAUUUCUAUUGGCCCGUGGGAUAAUGUCCGAAGGACUGGUAGUUCUGCUAUUCCAAUCAGGCCGCCUUCAUCAUCUCAGCGGUCGUCUUCACCUACAGAUCCCUCCUCUAUAUCUGGCUCUUCGGUCCCAUUUUCCGAAGGUCCUCGUCCAUAUUCACCGUCUCGCGAAGCCUUUGUUGCUUCAUCUCUUCAUGAUCCCACUGAGUCACGGUCCCAAACAGACUCUCGUUCUUCGAGCGCAAAUGGUGGAUCGCAGAGUGGCAGAAGCUCGGGUAAUGCUAUUACGGAUGAGGAUAUGUCGCGAGCAGUUGGAAGCUUAGAUGUGGGUACGCGUCAAGGAAAUACUUCUCCACAGUUGCCAUCCCCUGCAUCAGGGGCUAGUUCUGGUGGUAGUACAAGAAAUGGCGUAGAUCAGAACCCUCCCAUCAAUACGUUGUAUGUUGGCAAUUUACCGAUAUCGCCUCCUCCGCUCGGUUACCCCCCUGAUGCGCUGGAGGAAUCUUUACGAGAGCUGUUCUCGUCACAGCCUGGGUACCGGCGACUGUCAUUCAAACAGAAGAACACCGGACCCAUGUGUUUCGUGGAGUUUGAAGAUGUCAAUCACGCAGCGAAGGCACUAAACGAAUUGUAUGGCCACCCUCUGGGAGGUUUGGUCAAGGGCGGGGGUAUUCGGUUAUCGUACAGUAAGAAUCCUCUUGGUGUUCGCACACCUACUAGUGCCACUGGUAGCGGGUCUAUGUUACAGCAGCAGCAGUCGCAAACCUACUCGGCAGGGACGUAUAACUGCGGUGACGAACGGCCGAGCUUUUCCAAGCGGGAUGCUGUCUUAUCUCCUCCACCACAUCAUUCACAUGGCUACCUCGCGUCACCUCCGCCACGAUUUUUCUCGAGCUCGCCCUCGUCGAUGGCGUUUGGUGGAUCAGUGUCGUCAGCUACCAACUUUUCACGUACUGGUUCCUACGGGUACGCUUUGACGUCUUCCGCCACUUCAGGGAGCUCAGCCUUCUCGCCAUUUGGUGUGACUCCCUCCAUGCAUAAUAUACCCGAUCACAAUCUUCCUGAUCAGCAGCAAGACCAUCAUUCCCAUCACUUCAUUCCACGAGCAUUGUCACCCAGUGUCCACAACAUAGAACCCGCUCGAGCAGUAUAA